GCGUCAUCCGCGGUGUCAUGGUGCCGCGCAAUCUGAGUUUGGCGGUCAGUUACGAAAAUAGAAAAGAGCACGCUAUCAUUGCGCUUCUAAGUCUCCCACAAUACCAAGGACCGGUGGUCAUCUACUGCACCCGCCAGUGGGAGACCGAGAAAAUAGCCAAUAUUGUCCGAAAUUCCGGGCUGGAGGCAGAAGCAUACCAUGCUGGGUUGAGCGAUAGGGUGUGUGUACACAUAGGCUUUUGGCGAGUGUAG